AUGGAAACGGGCAUGAACCUCUCCGAGGCCCAGCAGAUCACACUGGAGAAGCCCAAGGAGUCAAUUGAACACGAGCAAGUGGCUCUUAUAAUGGCGCAAGGACCGGACAUGCUUCGUGCACGUCUCGAGGCCUUCUCGAAGUUUCAAGCCACGUUGGUCAGACAGGUCAAUGACCAUUUGGCAUCUGACAUGCCCACUUGGUAUGUUCGAAUGCCGGAAACUGAGUCAAGGAUUCGUUUCCUGGUCUUGAAUGUCAAGACCUUCGAGGUAAAAGUGGGAGAAAAACUCCUUUUGUGGGUUCGAGAGACAGAGGUUGCCAUCAGCGCGGCCCUGCUGUGGUCAGAGCAGCAAAAGGUGGGCCUGGCCCUAUCAAAAAUACGUGGGCGAGCCAAGGAGCGGGCCUUCACUUCUGGUACCUCGUUAGAAGAGGCUUUUUCCACAUGGGACAUGCUAAAACAGCAGCUACCCCUGUUUGACUUACCUGAUGGGGCAUAUCGCGUGCUAUCACGCUUCCUGUCAACCCGCCAGGGUAAAAGGACUUAG